CAUUUCUCAUAGAAUCCGCCACUUAGGGUUCAUAGCAGCCAGAGAGAGAGAGAGAGACGAAACCAGAGAAAGAUCUAAGCAUCAAAGCUCAACAAUGGUGAAGUUCUUGAAGACGAACAAGGCUGUGAUCCUUCUUCAAGGACGUUACGCCGGGAAGAAAGCCGUCAUCGUCAAAUCCUUCGACGACGGUACCCGUGACCGUGGCUACGGACACUGCCUCGUCGCCGGACUCAAGAAGUACCCGAGCAAAGUCAUCCGCAAAGACUCAGCCAAGAAUACUGCCAAGAAAUCUAGGGUUAAGUGUUUCAUCAAGCUCGUUAACUACCAGCAUCUGAUGCCUACACGUUACACACUCGACGUGGAUCUCAAGGAAGUGGCGACUCUUGAUGCCCUUCAGUCCAAGGAUAAGAAGGUUGCUGCUCUUAAGGAGGCCAAGGCUAAGCUUGAGGAGAGGUUCAAGACUGGCAAGAACAGAUGGUUCUUCACCAAGCUCAGGUUCUGAGAAAUUUCGAUUUCGACGAAGGACGCUUUUGAGCUUUUUGUUAUCGAAUUUUUAGUUUCUAGGGUUUCUCAUUUCCUAUGGUGAUAAAUUGUGGAACCUGUUUUGGAUUGUGUAAGACGUUUUGUUUUGAGUUUCGAUUAUGGAUUUUGCCUUUUAUUCUGUUUCUCUAAUGCAUUUUGAUUACAUAUUUGUUUCCAUUGAACUAUCUGCUUAUGUUA